UAGAGGAGAUACCGGCAUAGGACGUGAAAAGCCAUCCAGCCGUUGAACGGGUGAGACACAAGAAGAUAAAAGAAAAUAGCAAAAAUAGUAACUAAGAAUAGUCUCCAUUGACUGCUGGAGCAAAAACGGCUAGGCUGAAAAAGGUCUCAAGAGACCGAGCAAGUUUAAACUGUUGGAUGUUACCCGAGUUUAAGCGGCUUGUUCGCCUGUUAUCACUUUGUAAAUUAAAUCGCAAUUAAGAGUGGGCUUUGGUGAAAGUGAACUAGCGAGUUCAGGUUCACUCUGAGAGUCGAGAGGUUUGUUACAUUUCCGUGGGACCAGUGACAAGCUGUGAUUUGGACUCACCUGCUAGGACCCCGCACCUCCAGACCUCCAGACCGGGAACACCGGGGGUUUUGUAAAAAACACAGCCGAGCCUCUUUCUGUACACCGAGGAGGCGGAGGAGGAGGAGGAGGAGGAGGAGGAGAGGGAGAGUACGGCAGGCACAAAGAGCGGAGAGCAUCCAGAGAGAGGGGAGGAAGGAGGACGGGACGGAGAGAGCGCGCUGAGGACAACAACGGGGACCCAACAGAGAGCAUCCCUCUUUAAUUUCUGAUCUGCACACCAAGCAUCAUCUGUAAACGGGAUCCUGAACGCUGUUUAUCCUCCAAAAGGGAUACCUGCUCCUGAUCUGUUUGCCCCUCAGCCCCUGCAGUACCCAGUCCUCCUCACCACUCUGUCCUGAUGAAGGAGGCCGACGCAAUCAAGCUGUUCGUGGGGCAGAUUCCCCGUAAUCUGGAAGAGAAGGACCUCAAGCCUAUCUUCGAGCAGUUUGGCAAAAUCUAUGAGCUAACUGUGAUUAAGGACAAAUACACUGGAAUGCACAAAGGAUGUGCGUUUCUGACGUACUGUGCGAGAGAGUCGGCACUGAAAGCCCAGAGCGCUCUACACGAGCAGAAAACACUACCAGGGAUGAAUCGGCCAAUCCAGGUGAAACCAGCUGACAGCGAGGGCAGAGGAGGUCUCUCAGAGGACAGGAAGUUGUUUGUGGGCAUGCUGGGAAAGCAACAGAGCGAUGAGGACGUCAGAAGACUGUUUGAGCCCUUUGGCAGCAUAGACGAGUGUACUGUGUUGAGAGGACCUGAUGGCACCAGCAAAGGGUGCGCUUUUGUAAAAUUCCAAGGACACGCUGAAGCUCAGGCUGCCAUCAACAGCUUGCAUGGAAGCCGCACAAUGCCUGGAGCUUCGUCCAGUCUGGUGGUGAAGUUUGCCGACACAGAGAAGGAGCGGGGGCUGAGGAGGAUGCAGCAGGUGGCCUCCCAGCUUGGCAUCUUCAGCCCCAUGACCCUCAAUUUCCCCGCCUACAAUGCCUACACACAGGCGGUCAACGCACAGCUUGUCCAACAGCAGGCCCUGGUUGCCCAGUCAGCGUACUUGUCUCCUGUCGCAACAGUUGCCGCCGUACAGAUGCAGCAGAUGGCGGCGCUCAAUGCCAACGGAAUCAUUGCCACACCCAUUACACCCAUCACGCCGUCCUCGGGUACAAACACUCCACCAACCAUCGCAGCAACGCCUGUGCCAGCUCUCCCUCCGCCACUAGGAGUGAAUGGUUACAGCAGUCUGCCAGCCCCCACCAAUGGACAGCAAGCAACAGAAGCACUAUACACCAAUGGCGUUCACCCAUAUCAAGAUUUUCUAGCUCAGAGUCCAGCAACAGCACUGGACCCACUACAGCAGGCGUAUGCAGGCAUGCAACACUACACAGCGGCGUACCCUGCUGCCUACGGAUUGGUCGGGCAGCCGUUCCCCCAGCAGCCAACACUGGUUGCCCAGCAACACCAGCAGCCCCAGCAACAGCAGCAGAGAGAAGGUCCAGAGGGCUGUAACAUCUUCAUCUACCACCUGCCUCAGGAGUUCAGUGACUCCGAGAUGCUGCAGAUGUUCCUGCCCUUUGGCAAUGUCAUCUCGGCUAAGGUGUUUGUUGACCGUGCCACCAACCAGAGCAAAUGUUUCGGAUUUGUGAGUUUUGACAACCCAGCCAGCGCUCAAGCCGCCAUCCAGGCCAUGAAUGGCUUCCAGAUCGGCAUGAAGAGACUGAAGGUGCAGCUCAAAAGGCCCAAAGACGCCAAUCGCCCGUACUGAGUGACAACUGAGAGGAGGAAGAAGAAAUAAAGAGAGAUCCUUCCGUCCAAUCAUAAUUCACGAGGACCCCAUCGCUAUGGCAAAGGUUGCCUAGUGACCGAUAAAGCCCUGACCCCCCCUUCCUCUCGCAUUGUUGUAAGUUGAUUGGUUGGCCUGUGUUUGGGUUGCUGUGGCGAUUGAUUGCCUGUGUUGGUUGCCCUUGGCCAUUUUUGUUCUGUCACCUCGAGCAACCAGCCAUGCGUUGACCUGCAUGUCCUGUUGCUGUAGUGACCACAGACUGUGUUUGGUGCAUUGUGACUUUAUUUUGUAUUGACCUGUGCACAUACUGAUCAAUAACUGUCAAUAGCCAGGACUGUACUCAGAAUCAAUUGAAUUAAUUGGAUAUUUGAUAAUCAUUGUAUAGUAAACUGAUAAAUUCUGCAGCAACGCUCGUUAUUUUUUUGCAGCUUUGUUUUUGAUCAGUUUCUGUAGUGUUCUGUUUGGUGUCAUUAUUAUUUGAACAAAUUGUUUGGGUAAAGUAGUGAGCGUGGGCAUCUAUGUGUACAUAUGUGUCUGUGUUACACUGUUAGUGUGUAAUGCAGGAGUGCAUAAUAAUCUUUGUUGUACUGGUGUCUGUAAAGAGAGGUUUUCCAGAGGUUUCCAUAGUGGACUGGUGGAGAAAUGUAGAACAGCACGACAGUUUAGAGCAGAAUAUGAAAUUAUUUUGAUGGAAAAAGUAACAUGCUAGUAUGAAUUUAUGCAACAUACAACAAUGGCAGGCCAUGUUGGACAAGAGCUCAUGAAAUGAUUAUGCAGUACAGAACAUAAAAGUUUAGAUAUGGCAAUGAGCUGGUCCAAGGAUAGAAAAGAACAGUUUUAAUGACAAACACACUAUUUUUGGGCGAGCAUGCAUUUUGUUGAGCUGUACUCUGAUAGGCUGAGUUUUAUAUUUCUGGAUUCUGAUUUGUUACACUGUUUGAUGUGGCACUUUAGUUUUUUGCUCCUUUGUUUCUCUUUCUUGGUCUCUUUUACAUCUUCUAUCACUGCUUUUGUGGUGUUUCCUCCCUCUCCCCUUCACUACUCCCCUCCUCCAACUCCUUCUCCGGUCCCUGGUCCCCUUUUCUCCUCCUACUUGUUCCUUCUCUUCUCUGUCAAAUUCUUUCUUCGCUUCUCCUCAUCCCAGCCUCUUUCUAUCCCUCUAGCUCGUGUUUUGAGGUAAAGGGUAUGUGGUUGUUAUGGUGGAAAAACAAGUGCCUCUUGCUUAUUGGAGAACAGCCUUCAACUAUAGGAAUUCUGGGAGAAAUAUAACAAAGGGAGAACAGAGGAUAACCUUAGUUUGAGGUAAAUUCAAUCCUCCACAAACCCCAACCUUUAAGAGGAGGAAAUGUGUAGCUGCUGUGAGACCAGUGUGUGGACACACCGUCACAUGGCAGCACACAUUAUAAAUAAAGGAUUGUUUCUAUUUAUGGACUAACUUUUACAUAACAAAUCCUUGUGGAUAAUAAGAAGGUCUGAUCUGA